UUCCACUGCCAAAGAAAAAAGAAACUCCAUUUGCUGCCAUUGUUACAGUUAAAGUGAAGAUCACCAUGGCUGCAGCAGCUGCAGCAGCAGUAGUCGGUUCAUCCUUCUCUCAAUCUAUCCACACCCUUAAAUGCUUGCAUUUCAAGCAACUCGCCGCCGCCGAUCAUCACCAUACCCCCCUCCUCAGAAUCCCCUCCGCUCGCGUCUUAUCACCUUCUUUGAUAUCCCAUCAUCAGUCUUACUUCACUCACGAGCUUUUUCCCAUUGCCGUUGUCACAGUUCAGAAGUGGCGCGCGCUUAAGGUGUCCGCCGCUGUUGCUCAACAAGAGACGGCUGUAACCGCCGAAAGUCCGGUGGAGGAAGAGAAGGUCGAGGAGGUAGAAGGUGAGGCUGAAGCUGAAGCUGCAGUUGAGUCUACUGUGAACACUAAACUUUACUUUGGGAACUUGCCUUACAAUGUUGAUAGUGCCCAGCUUGCUGGGAUAAUCCAAGAAUAUGGCAGUCCAGAGCUUGUUGAGGUGCUUUACAAUAGGGAGACCGGUAAAAGCAGAGGCUUUGCAUUCGUCACCAUGAGCACCAUUGAAGAUUGCAAUAUAAUUAUUCAAAACCUCGAUGGAAGCGAGUAUCUUGGUCGAACAUUGAGAGUGAACUUUUCAGACAAACCCAGAGCAAGAGAACCAUUGUACCCGGAAACCGAAUACAAGCUUUUUGUAGGGAACCUGUCGUGGUCUGUCACAUCUGAAAUCUUAACACAAGCUUUCCAAGAAUAUGGGAAUGUGGUCGGAGCUAGGGUUUUGUAUGAUGGUGAGACAGGACGAUCUCGAGGUUAUGGUUUCGUUAGCUACUCCACAAAAUCAGAGAUGGAAGCUGCCAUCCAAUCUCUCAAUGGAGUGGAACUGGAAGGAAGGGCAUUGCGAGUGAGCUUGGCUCAAGGAAGACAACCUGCAUGAAACAAAGCAUUAUUUGGGCUGUAAUUUCGUCCAUAGUUCUUGAUGGAAUAUUUAAUCAUUCACAUAAAAUUAAUAUAUAAUGAGGACCUCAAAGUUCCCUUUCAUUUCUCUGUCUAUCAGGGGAAAUGGUUUUACUGAUCAGUUCGGUAAACUAGGUUUUGAUUUAAGUAGAUCGAUUUAUUUGGUUAUGUCAUUAAAUUGAUAGAUUUAAUAUUUAAUAUUUUUAAUUAUUUUAUAAUAUAUUUUAAAUAAGUUGGUUA